CUCGUACAGCACACUCGAUACGACAGAAGAGUGGCAAGAAAGAGAGGGGAAAACUGGAUUUCCCAAUGCCUACAUGUGCGAGUCUCCACCGAUCAACAGGGGAAGAAAAGAAGUUCGCUCGUCUUCCCCCUCCCCCCCCUUCUCCAGUAGCCCUGCAGUGCAGCAAUUGUGAUGUGCGCUGCUCGGCCGUUUCCAGGUUUGGGAACCAUGGCUGCGUUGUUCUUACGACCGUCCUUUUGGUUCAUACUACGGAUACCUUGGUAGUCUACCUGUUUACCUGGGUGCUAGUUGUUCUAUUGUGUGUCGUGAGCAUCUCUUCCUCUAGUCUCAGACACUGCGACUGCCGGUCACCGGUCACGAAUUGACAGCCUAACAGUAACUGGGGCGUCGCCAGGAGCGUCGCCUGGGGCCGCCUACCUUUCCUAUUAAUGCAGGAACCGGGAUGAUCGAGGAUGAUCUAGUGGGGGCACAAGUCUGGUUG